AGGCUUGUGUAUUGCACUCAGCUGAAGAUGCAGCUGGUUGUCGUGGCAGCAAUGCUGGCACUGGUGGGGGCGAGGCAGGGCUGCAGCUUCGGCUGUCAUCCAACUGACAUCAGCAUCGUUGUGGAGAGCUGUGGCAAAAACAAGACCAUCACCACCACCGCAUGUGCAGGCCAGUGCUUCCAAGAGGACCCUGUCUACCUACGCCAAGAUGACUGGCCCAGACAAGCCAUCUGCAAUGGGGAAUGGUCGUAUGAGGUGACACAAAUCGAAGACUGCCCAGUAGGUGUCACCUACCCUGUAGCCAGAAACUGCAUGUGCACCACAUGUGAAACAACGAACACUUACUGUGAGCAUUUUCACAGCGACGACCCAAGUUGCCUGCCCUACUAA